AUGGCUUUACGAGACAUCUCCAACAUUUCGGCGCCCAACCGGGCAGAUGACAAGUCUCCACCACGAAAGAUAAUGAAACAGACCCGUCUGAUUGAAAAUAUCCACCGUAACAGAGAGCUGGAGUUGCAGAAGGUCCUGGAGACAAAGGAUCGUACCCAGCAGGAGCUUAGCGAUCUGAACAGCGAGCUAUGGAAGAUCCGAACAGACCUGCCUGAGAUUGAGCUGGAGCUCGAGAAACUGAAUCAUCAGCUUUCGGAGCUCGAAAACGAGUACAAGAAGAAGGAGAACGAGCUGGCUGAGGCUGACAGACGGUUUGAUUCCGAGAUCGAGGCGCUCAAACACGAAUUUGAGCUCUACAGGCAGACUGUAGAGAGCAAUUUUAACCAAAGUAUUGAGAAAUUGAGCCAGGAAUGUCACGAUAAAAUUGAAUCAUCGCUGGAAUCCAAGCAACAGACAUUUAAUAAGUCAAAACACAUGCUGGAAACCCAGUGCGCAGAAUUGGAACAACAACUCGCUACAGAACAACAGAACCACGGAAAGGAGCUGAAUAGACUCACGGAGCGCAGACAUGCGAGACUGGAGGCUCUGAAUAGAGAACUGAACAGAGAGAUACAAAAUCUGUCUUCGGACAAAGAUGCAUACAAACGAGCCAUUCAGACGUUGAAUGAAAGAAUAACCCAGGUUAAGAAACUGAUCAAUGAAAGAGAGACUGAAAAUGAGACUCUCAGCCAGCAAAUAGAAACGUCGAAAGGCAAGGCAUCUGUGUUUGAAGAGAAAACGUCAGAUAUUCGAGGUGAAAUUCAAUUGUUGAAAUCGCAACUGGCUGAAAGGUCGCAAACUCUCAAAGAGAAACACCAGACGGCCAAAGAAUACGCAGAGAUGUCGGUUGGUUUCAAGCAACAACUAGAGUCGGAAGAGCUGCUGCGUCGCAAAGCUCACAACCUGCUCCAGGACUUGAAAGGGAACAUUCGGGUUUUUUGUCGAGUCAAACCCGAACAGCCCGAAAACCGGUUCCAGUACCAGGUGUUUGAUUCGGUGGAAUCAAAUGAUGGUAACGAACAGAUCAUCUUGACAGAGCCUGCCAAUCCUCAACAGCAUUCAUUCAACAAAAGUGCUCCUAAAAAUUAUAGAUUUGGCUUUGACAAGGUAUUUGACCAGGACUCAACCAACACGGAGAUCUUUGACGAGAUCAGCCAGCUAGUGCAGAGCGCUCUAGAUGGCUACAAUGUAUGCAUUUUUGCGUACGGACAGACUGGCUCGGGAAAGACUUACACCAUGUCCAGCACGCAAGAUGGAAUCAUACCCCGGUCUGUGGGACUUAUAUUUGAAAAGUGUCGUUUGGCAGAGCAGACAGGGUGGAAUUACAAAGUAGAGGGUCAAUUUCUCGAAAUUUACAACGAAAAUAUCAACGAUCUAAUGACCGAGUCGUAUCUACGCAAUUUGGACUCGGUCAAGCACGAAAUAAAGCAUGACGAAAACACUCGCACAACCACCAUCACCGAGCUGACCACAGUCAGACUGACGGACCAAGACCAGGUCGCACACAUCCUUAAUAGUGCGAACAGGAACCGUGCUACAGCGUCCACCAACGCCAAUAACCGUUCGUCGCGGUCUCACUCUGUCUUUAUUAUCUCGCUACAAGGGUUCAACUCGAAAACUGGCGACACAAUCAGCGGUAAACUGAAUUUGAUCGACCUGGCGGGGUCUGAACGGAUUUCUCACUCGCUUGUCACAGGAGACAGACUGAAAGAGACCCAAUCGAUCAAUAAGUCUUUAAGUUCUCUUGGAGACGUUAUCACGUCGUUGUGCAACAAGAACCAGCACAUUCCGUACCGGAACUCUCGUUUGACGUACUUGCUACAACACUCUCUGGGCGGAAACUCAAAGACACUGAUGUUUGUGAACGUCUCGUCAAAACUACAACACUUCAACGAAACGCUCAACUCGCUACGGUUUGCAACCAAGGUCAACAACACUCAGCUGAAAUAG